UAACGUGUGGUUUAACAAUCACUGUGGACUCCGAAAGCCUCCUGGCGACGAUGGCGUCGUCGUCACGGCCGGAGGAGGCGGCGGCGGCGGCGCCGCCGUGGAGCAGGCUGGAGGGGCGGGUGGUGCUGGUGACGGGCGCCUCCUCGGGGCUCGGCCGCGAGUUCUGCCUCGACCUGGCGCGCGCCGGCUGCCUGGUCGUCGCCGCCGCGCGCCGCGCCGACCGCCUCCGCUCGCUCUGCGACGAGAUCAACGCCUCCGCCCCCCGGGCUUCGGCGGCGGCGGCCGCCGUCGAGCUCGACGUCGCCUCCGGUGGGCCCGCCUUGGAGGCCGCCGUGCAGAGCGCCUGGGACGCCUUCGGCCGCAUCGACGUCCUCAUCAACAACGCUGGCCUUCGAGGAGGUGUGCACUCACCAUUGGAUUGGCCUGAGGAUGAAUGGGAGACACUUAUCAAGACAAACCUCACAGGAUCAUGGCUCGUCGCCAAGCAUGUAUGUAGACGCAUGCGUGAUGCCAAGCUAAAGGGUUCAGUAAUUAACAUUUCCUCUGUUUCUGGUCUUAACCGUGGUCAUCUGCCUGGCUCCACUGGAUACGCAGCUUCCAAGUCUGCCAUGCAUUAUGCCACAAAGCUAAUGGCUUUGGAAUUAGGAGCAUAUGGCAUUAGAGUGAACUCAAUAGCACCUGGAAUCUUCAAGUCAGAGAUAACCGCUCCUCUAUUGCAAAAGAAAUGGUUGAGCACUGUUGUUUCAAAGAUAGUGCCACUUAAGACUCAUGGCACUACUGAUCCAGCAUUGACGUCGCUGGUUCGUUUUCUGAUCCAUGAAACAUCAUCAUAUGUGACUGGCAACAUCUUCAUUGUAGAUUCUGGUGCCACCUUACCUGGUGUUCCAAUAUUCUCUUCUCUGUAAUAUUCAUCAUUAGAAUUUGCUUUCAAAAAGUCAUCGGAUCUAUUGAUUUGGCAUCAAAUAAAAAUCGAAACUCCAGGGAGGUGGAAUUUCUAUACAAUUGAUUUCCAAUAUACUCUCAACCUGUCCACAAGUUGUUUUCUGUUAUUUUCUUAUUGGCAUGCUACUCUGACAAAUACAUUUUUUGGUAUAAAAUGACAAGUUAUCUA